CGGACAGUGCAGCGGGCCGUGGUGACGUCACACGCUGGUUUCAACUGCUUUGGGCCGCAGCUUGUAUCAGGAGAAGAAGUAUCACAAACUACUCUGCGACUUUUCCCCAACAGAUCACCAGCUGCAGCCGGAAUAACAUCCUUUUUAAAAUGGGCAACUGUCAACCCACAAUCGUGCACUAUGAGGAUUUUGAUGUCGUAGCUGACAUUAAGGCUAUCCGCAAAGCCUGCAAAGGGUUUGGAACUGAUGAGCAGGCCAUCAUUGACAUCCUGGCAAACCGCAGUGCAGCUCAGCGUCAGGAAAUUAAAUAUGCCUAUUUUGAAAAGUAUGAUGAUGAGUUGGUGGAUGUGUUGAAGAAGGAGCUGUCGGGGAGCUUUGAGAACGCCAUCCUCGCCAUGCUGGACCCGCCCAUCGUCUUCGCUGUGAAGGAGCUGAGGAAGGCCAUGAAGGGAGCGGGUACUGACGAAGACGUCCUGGUGGAGAUCCUCUGCAGCGCCAUCAACUCUGACAUCGCCAUGUUCAAGGAAUUCUACUUUCAAGUACAUGAGCGUGAUCUUGAAGCAGAUAUCGAGGGAGAAACAAGUGGGGAUGUAAGAAACCUCCUCACUGCUCUAUUGCAGGGCAACAGAGAUGAGAGUUACGAGGUGGAUGAGGAUCUGGCUGAGCAAGAUGCUACCUGCCUGUUUGAGGCUGGUGAGGGUUGUUUUGGGACAGAUGAGUCCACUUUCACCAACGUCCUGGCUUCCAGAAAUUACCUUCAGCUCCAGGCCACCUUCAAGAUAUAUGAGCAGCUCGCAGGAACUGAAAUCCUGGAUGUCAUUGAGAAUGAGACUUCUGGGACACUGAAGCAAUGCUACAUCGCUCUUGUGAGAGUUGCUAAGAAUCCUCAGCUCUACUUCGCCAGACGUUUGAACGACGCGAUGGCAGGAGCGGGCACUGAUGAGGGCACCCUUAUUCGCAUCAUUGUGUGUCGCUCUGAGUAUGACUUGGAGACCAUCAAAGAAAUGUACCUGGAGAAGUACGAUGUGUCUCUGAAGGAGGCCCUGAAGGACGAGUGCAGCGGUGACUUUAAGCGUCUUCUCCUGGCUAUCUGCCACUGAAAGUCUGGGAGCUAAACAGCGCAGACGUGGAGAACAGAGGCAGAGACAGCAGAGUAUGUUUAUACUGAGGGCGCUGCUGUUUUCUGUCUAACACACUAACUCUCCAUGUGAUACUAUGUAAGGAGGAGGGAGGGUGGAAGCGAUAGAAUAAUUAACCUCGCUCAUGUCUUGUCCAAAAUCUGAGUACCGGUGAAUUUGGGUGGCUCUCUUUUUAAACUUUUUCCACAGACAUUAAUUACAAAAUUCGCAUUGAACUGGAUUGAUCCAUUUGUCAUGUGUCUGUCAUUUACUGCCCAUUUGUUAGUCAAUUUUUUAGCUCCAGUUCUUAACACCUGUACCAGCAUUUACAAAGUGGUGAGUAAGUCUUAGUCACUGUAAACAAGCACCAAGAUUUAUACAUUUCCAGGAGCCAACUGUCGUCACACUGAUGCAAUUACACUGGGUGGAAUUAGAUCAGGCGGUGUGCGGCUUGAAACUUGUUUGUACACUGGGAACAAUCAGCUAUGGCCUCAAUAUAUAUUUCUGCUGCUGCAUGUACUAAUGCAAUGAGACAACAGCGUUACAUUAUUACCGUCAUAUAAGUAUUAAUCUGUUUUAGAUCGAAUCAUUAUUUAUUAGUGUUUGAUUUAUUUCUAUAUCUUUCACCCUCCGUCCCCCAAACUCAGUGACUGUUGUACUUCACUGCAGUUACAACUAAUGCAAUCACUCCCGUGUGUCCAUGUUUCUGCUUUUAAAUGAAGAAAUGUGAAAGUUUGAAUUGAAGGAAUUGUAGCUGGUGUUAUGAAGGAUUUGCAAAGUUAUGUGAAUGGAUUUUAUGAAUUUUCUCAUUUGCAAAAGAGAAUAUAUAUAUUUCAGCGGUUGCGUAUUGAAAGAUACUGUAUAUUGAUUUACAGUGUGUUGCAUUUUUAUCAUCUACAAAAACUUGACAAAUCCAAAUACACCUCACCUUGUUAUAUAUUUUUUGGUAUUUCACGACUAACACAGUAGAGUGUUUAACAUAUAUUAUUUAGUUUACUGUUUUAGGUAGGUCAGAGGGUAUGUGAGGAGAAGCAUGUAAGAAACAUUCAACAUCUGGCCAGUCUGAUGUCUUUCAUUUGUGUGUCUCUAUAAGGCAGCUGAAAUGUGUUAAAGGUACCACUAUUGUAAACAUUAUGCAACAAGCUGAGUAGAUGCUCAAGUGAACUGCAGGGCAUGAAAUAGUUACCCAGGACAUCAGUGUGAGCCGUCGGACUAGUGUUUGCCUCUCCUAUAGCCAAAGAAUUUUAGUCUAACUGCAAAUAAAGUUCCCUAUAACGUCA